GCUGUUUUGUUUGUGCCUCGCCAGAGGUUUCGGUUAUGAUGAACUGAACACGAAAGCGAAACUUACAGUCGGUAUUUAAAGGCGCUGAGCAGCGCCCUGCUAUUACACAACACGAAGCGACUGGACUGAAGACAACCGCACAUCGUGACUUGACAGCUCUGAUGAACCAUGGAAAACCAAAACAGGCCACAAGUACAGCAAAGACGAGAUCAAGAGAGAGGUGGUAGAGGUAGAGGUGACAGAAGAGGAGGUGCUGGAGGAGGACCAGGUGGAGAAGACAGAAGACGAGGUACAGGGGGAGGACCAGGUGUAGGUGACAGAGGAGGAAGAGCAGGUGGAGAUGACAGAAGAGUAGGUGCAGGAGGUGGACCAGGCAGAGGUGAUAGAAGAGGAAUUGCAAGGGGAGGACCAGGUGGAGGUGACAGAAGAGGAGGUGGCAGACAAGGGAAUGAGAGAGGUAGAGAUCAGAGGAGAGGAGACAACAGGGAGAACCACAGGCUAAAUGCAUCAAGGGAAAGAGAUGGAGCGGAAGGUGCUCAUAGAGGAGAAAGGGGUGGAGGAUAUGGUCAGAGAGGAAGAGGAAGCCAUGUGAGAGGGAAGAGUAGAGAUGGUACCCCUGAGGUACGUAAACUUGGGUACAAAACACUGGAGGAGCUACUGGAGAAAGAUGCAUCUGAGGUGGCCAUUACUCUCUCCUCCAGUGUGGGUCUGCAGGCUUUGCUGAGCGAGACAACCAUGCGGCAGAAUGUCGUACAGCUGCUCUGCCAGGUUCUCUGCAAAGCUUUUCAGUCUAGGCAUGACCGCAGAAUAGUUCUGCACUUAGCUCAGGUGGUGAAGGACUCUGGCUUCUUCCAAACUGUGCUUCCUCACUAUGUGGCUGGAAUGAUGUCUGAUCAUAUCCCUGCUCGGAGACAGCAGUAUCCACAGCACCUGGACAACAUUAUCAACCUCCUGUCUGGCGUGCUCAGCAUGUUUCCUUCCAGCUCUAUCCGCUCCAUCUCAAUGUUGGUGGCUCUCUUAAAACCAGUGGUCAACCAGCUGCGAGGUGCUGGCAUAGACAUUCGAUACACAAUUGAUGAGGAUCUGGAGAAGAUCCAAGGCAUGGUGGAACACCUCCAAGAGAAAGCAAGAGAGGGGACUUUGAGAUCAGACAACUAUACUGUUCUCAUUGGCAAUGAUGAUACUCCUGAAGGGGAAGAAGACUUCAGGAACAUGACCAUCUACCCAACUCCUGAAGAAUUCCGCCAGGACCAGAAACCUUUUCUGCGGGCUAACAUUAUGUCACAAAGUUACCCCAGUGCCCAUAUCUACCUGGAUACACAUUUUAGGCUUCUGAGAGAGGACUUUGUGAGGCCAUUACGUGAAGGUAUUAGGGAAUUGCUCCAAAGCCAGCAUGAUGAGAGCCUCAGUGGCGUGCCAAUAAGAAAGAGACGCUUCGAUGAUAUCAGGGUCUACUUUGACACUCGAUUGGUCAUGCCUCUCUGCACUCCAACAGGCACCGCCUACAGAGUACAAUUUGACCCACGGCCCCUUCAGUUUGUUCGCUGGGAGAAUUCCAAGCGGUUGCUGUAUGGGUCCUUGGUCUGCUUGUCUAUGGACCAUUUUGAAACUUUCCUGUUUGCUACGGUAUCUAACCGUGACCCCAAAGAACUGAGAGAGGGCCAGGUGCAGUUGAGUUUCUAUAGAAAUAGCCGAGAUCAACUGGCUACCACCCAGGCCUCUCAUUCCUUCCUGAUGGUUGAGACCACUGCCUACUUUGAGGCCUAUCGCUAUGUCCUGGAGGGGCUUCAGGAACAAGAGGAGGAUGAUCUCCCCUUUCAGAGAUACAUUGUAGAAUGUAACCAAGAUGUUCAUCCACCAGCAUACUUUGUGCCAUUUGAGAGAACUUAUGAUCUGGCCUGCAUCGCAGCAGAGGGUCAUAAGGACAGUAUGAAACCAUUUAACCCCCUCAACCCUACUGCCUGGCCGACUGAGGAGCAACUGGGUCUUGAUGACAGCCAGCUCCAAGCCCUUAAACUGGCCCUCACCAAGGAGCUAGCCAUAAUACAGGGUCCACCAGGCACAGGGAAGACAUAUGUGGGGCUAAAAAUUGCUCAGGCUCUGUUACAGAACAGUGUGGUGUGGUCGGCUAAUUCUCCAAUGCUGGUGGUCUGUUACACCAACCAUGCUCUAGACCAGUUUCUGGAAGGAAUCCACAGUUUCUUGCAGAAGGGCAUUGUGAGGGUUGGUGGCCGCAGUAACAGUGAGAUCCUGAAGCGUUUCUCUCUGCGGGAGCUGACCAGGUUGUCAAACUUCCGCAGAGACCUGCCAGCACACCUUAAGAAGGCCUAUUUUGAGAUCCAGAGGGAGAUGCAGGAUGCACAGACCCAUAUAAAGAAACAGUCAAGUUACCUAGAGUGCAGUCUGCGUGGAGUCAUUAAUGAGCGCUUCCUGCAAAAGUACAUAUCUGAUGAGCACUGGGACAGUCUGAAUCAGCAGCCUGAGGUGCUGGGUGUAUUUGCAAAUGUAGGAAAGAAGUGCUCAGUGAUCAUGGACUGGCUUUGCCUUGGGGUGUUUCAGCAACAAACUGGCAAUGAUGAAGCAGAGGCAAAUGAUGAGGGGGAACCAGGAGAGGAUGAUGAGCAGUUUUUGGAAGUGGAUGAAGAGGCGGCUCUGAUCGAGGCUGAAAGAAUCCUGGAGGAUUCAGACCAUAAGGGCCGAGAUGGCCGUGAACGCAGGAAGGAGGAGGAGACCAUAGCGGAACUAGCUGAGAUCAUGCUGGCCAUGAACCUACAUCAAGCUGAUGAACAGCUUUCACAGGGACAGGGACUGGGACAGGGACAGGGACAGGGACAAGCUGAUAAUGAAGUGUGGGAGAUGCAGCGUCACCAGAAGAAGAAGUUAAAGCAGACGGUCCAGAAGGAGUUGAGGAAGAGUGAGGCUAUGAGUGAGGAAGAAGAGCUACAAGUGUGGAAUGUAUGGCAGCUUAAACUAAAAGACAGAUGGAGACUUUACCGCCGCUGGGUGUUGCGGUAUCAGAUUGACCUUCGUGGGAAAGCUCUCCAGGCUGAACAAGUCUAUCAGGACGCUGCAGAGCGCCUUUCUGAAAUCCGUCGCCGCGAGGAUCUGUGUGUGCUCCAACAUGCCAAAGUCAUUGGCAUGACCACCACUGGGGCAGCCAAAUACCGACAAGUCCUGCAGGAGCUCAAGCCAAGGCUGGUGAUUGUGGAGGAGGCAGCUGAAGUAUUGGAGGCCCACACCAUUACCACACUCAGCCGAGACUGCCAGCACCUCAUUCUGAUUGGAGACCAUCAACAGCUUAGACCUAGCACCACAGUAUAUGAACUAGCCAAAAAUUUCAACCUGGAGGUGUCUAUGUUUGAGAGACUUGUCAAUGUGGGAUUUCCAUUUGUCAGACUGAACUACCAGCAUCGUAUGAGACCAGAUAUUGCUCGUCUUUUGACUCCUCAUAUCUACUCAGAGCUGGAGAACCAUGCUUCUGUACUGGAGUAUGAAAACAUCAAGGGAAUUCUGACAAACAUUUUCUUCAUCGAGCACAAGUCCCAAGAGGAGGAAAUAAAGGAUGGACGAAGUCAUCAGAACUUUCAUGAGGCACGUUUUGUGGUGGAACUCUGUCGAUACUUGUUGCGUCAGGACUACCAGCCCUCUCAGAUUACCAUCCUCACCACCUACACUGGGCAACUCUACUGUUUACGCAAGCUCAUGCCCUCAGCUGAGUUUUCAGGGGUCAAAGUUCAUGUUGUUGAUAAGUAUCAGGGUGAAGAGAAUGAUAUUGUCAUAUUGUCAUUGGUGCGCAGUAAUCCUGAGGGCAGGGUUGGGUUUUUGCAAAUACCAAACCGUGUUUGCGUAGCACUUUCUCGUGCCAAGAAGGGACUAUACUGCCUUGGAAACAUGGAUAUGUUUAGCAAGGUGAAGCUGUGGAGUAACAUACUUCACACCCUGAGGGAGAAAGGUCAGGUAGGACGUUUUUUGACUCUGAGCUGUCAGAAUCAUCCAGAAACACAAACCCUGGUGUCAUCUUCAAAUGACUUUUCAAAGGUCCCCGAAGGUGGGUGCAGCAAGCCCUGCGAGUACCGCUUGGACUGUGGCCAUGUGUGCAUUCGCAUGUGCCACCCUUAUGAUGCUGAUCACAAGAAGUAUAAGUGUACCAAGGACUGCCCCAAAGUUCUGUGUGAGCUUGGGCACAAAUGUACUAGAAGGUGCUAUCAGAAGUGUGGUAAAUGUGAGGUACGUUUGGAGAAGAUUGUUCCAAAAUGCCAGCACAAGCAGAAAAUGCCCUGUCAUCAGGAUCCAGAAAAAUUUGUCUGCAGGGUCCCUUGUCAGAAAAAGCUGAGAUGUGGACACCCAUGCCAGGCAAGCUGUGGUGAGCCAUGCACUGUCGAUUGCAAAGUGCUUGUUCCUAUGGAGUUAAAAUGUGGACAUACCCAGGAAGAACCAUGUAGCUCCUUGAGGAACCUUCGAAAUCAGCCAGACUGCAGGACCCCUUGUGACACAGUCCUGAAAUGUGGACAUUCUUGCUCAGGGACUUGCCACAAAUGCCACCAGGGUCGCCUCCACAAAGCUUGUACAUAUGAAUGCCAGCGUGUCCUUCCCUGCUCACACAAGUGCUGUGUGCCUUGCCCAAGAUACUGCCCACCAUGUACCCUCCCUUGUCAAAAUCGUUGUGUUCACAGUGUGUGCAUGAGGAAAUGUGGACAGCCUUGUGUCCCUUGCAUGGAACCCUGUGAGUGGCAGUGUCCACACCAGAGCUGUAGCAAACUCUGCCAUGAGCCAUGUGACCGUCCACCAUGUUUAAAGAAUUGUGACAAGGUCUUGCCCUGUGGACAUCCCUGUAUAGGUCUUUGUGGAGACCCUUGCCCAGAUAAGUGCCGCAUAUGCCAUCGUGAUGACGUGGUUGAGAUCUUCUUUGGUAAUGAAGAUGAGCCAGAUGCUUGCUUCAUACAGCUAGAGGACUGCAAGCAUGUCAUUGAGUCUACCGGCAUGGACCGGUACAUGGGCAUGGAUGAGGAUGAAGGAGCUGAUCUAGACCAGCGCGCUAUCCGGCUGAAGGAGUGUCCCAGGUGUCGAACCCCCAUUCGUAGGAAUGUGCGCUAUGGUGCCCAUAUCAACCGCAGCCUGGCAGAAAUUGAGAAGGUCAAGGAACAGAUCAAUGGUCUGCAGUCUGACAUUCAGAAUAAGCAAAAUGAACUCCAGUUGCUUUUGGAGAAGAAGGACAAUUUUAAGGAGCAUCUUCCUGUAGAGUACUUAAUAAUUACUGAGAGGCUUCAGAAGUCUGGCUUAUCUCUUCUAGACCUCUGGUACCAAGAGAACUUGAUAACAUUCCUGGAGAGCCUUGGGAAGCUAAUAAAGAUGCAAAAAGAUCACAUGUCUUCAGUUAUGGAGGAUUUAUUCUCACUGCGCAUUAGGGAAUGUCUCGAUUUCCUGCUUGAUACAUUCCAGAGAUUCUCCGAUCAGCAGAUGGAUGAUCUAGAACGUGAAAUGAAGAGGCUUUCCUACUUAGCUGAGCUCAAUGUUCGUUGCAGCAUGGCCAAAUACACUGUGCUGGAAGUAAAAGUCAAUGCAGAGGUGAGACAGGCAAGACAGAUUCUGGAGGACACACGGCCAUUCACUGAAAAUGAAGAAGAUAAAGUGAAGGAGAUUUUUAAAGAGCUGGAAAAUAAGCUUCCACACAGUGGCCUGGGUAUCACUGAUGAAGAAAGGGUGAUGAUUGUUAAAGCCAUGGCUCUCCCACAGGGACACUGGUAUAAGUGUCCUAAUGGGCAUAUAUACGCUAUCGGCGAUUGUGGAGGUGCCAUGGAACGUAGCCAGUGUCCUGAUUGCAAAGCUACUAUUGGUGGAACCAACCAUACCCUCACUCAGGGUAAUGAUGUAGCCAGUGAAAUGGAUGGAGCACAACAUGCUGCUUGGUCAAAUGCUGCAAAUUUGAUUAAUUUUAACCCAAGGGAUAUUUAAAACAUUUUGUAAUCCUUACAAUGAAAUUGAAUGGGAUUGCUAUUUUAUGUAUGUAAACAAAAAUGCUGUAUGAAAUUAUGAUUUUAAGACAAUUUUAAAACUGUCUUAUAAUACACACAUCUACCAAUGUAGUGCAUAUUUAUAGUUUAGAACCACAUAAAAAAUCCUAUCACUGUAAAACUUCUAAUAAAAUAAUUGUUGAGGUAUAGCACAGACUUUUUCC